GAGUGCAAAUUAAUUAUACAGAGAAUGUGGUAGUGUAUUUUGUGUGUUUGUGAGAUAGCAAAACAAUUUUCUAUUUUGUAACAGAGCCGCACAGUUGUCAAGAAUGACAAACAGAUUUGAUUAAAUGAAUUCAAAUUAAUAAUAAUUAUCGUUUCAAAUAGAUUUUAACUUAUUAUAAAUAAUUGGAAAAGUUUUAUUAUUUGCCAAAAGUUGAUUGCGUCUUUUUGCACAAAAAUGGCCGCACAUAUAUGGCUCUUGACUAUUUAAUUUUUUUUUUUACUGUUCAAUAUAAUGUCAUAAAAUGAUUUCUUUGAUAUUUAUUUUUAUUUCUUUUCGCUAUUAAUAUUUUGAAUGUAAAAAAAAAAAUUUUUUCUUUAAAAUUUUUUUUAAAAAGAACAUGAAGCAAUUGUAUAUUAGAAACUGUCAAUUAAUGACGGAGUGUAAAAAAAACUGUGACCGGUGUGUUUUUACAUUGAAUCGAAUAUAUUUAUUCGUCUGUUCUAUGAAGUCAAUAUCGUUGACAUGAUAAAAUCCAAGUUUUACUUUUAAUAUUAUUAUGUAUUAAAAAAAAUUUGAUUCUUCACUAUUAAGUGAUUGUUGCUAAUUUUCUAUUAAAGUGAAGAGCAAAAGAGAGAGAGAAAAAAUGAGAUUUUGCUGGGAAAAAAGAAGUUUACUAACUUUAGGGCUUCUAUGUUUACUACAUAUUCCUCUAUUUAUCAACGGAUUAAAGUGCCAUUGUGACAUAUGCACUGAGAGUAAUCAUACGUGUAUAACAGAUGGUUACUGCUUUGCCAGCACGACUUUGGAUCAUGAGGUUGUUACACAUGCCUACAGGUGUUACAAUAAGACGCGGUUCUUUCCAAGCUCUGAGUAUUCAAUUUGGUGCAAGACAAAUGAGACACUACGUGGUCCAGAAGGCAAUGAAUAUGUGAUAGCUUGUUGUAAUCACAUUGAUUACUGCAACCGUUCUUUAAGGCCUUCAUUUCCUAAGUUCUCAGCAGAGCGCACUUCUCGUGUAUUAACAAACGGAGGUAGGACAACGUGGGAGACAUGGCAAACGGCAUUGGCAAUAGCUUUGCCAAUUUGUGCGAUGUGCCUUGUCGUUAUGGCUAUUUAUCACGUUCAUAUGUUAAGAAAAAGACCAGCCAGACAUUUCCCAGAUGAUUCUAUGGAAGCUCCAGAUAGACCAAUUCUUGGUGGUGUCACUAUUAGAGAUAUGUUAGAAAUGACAACAAGUGGUAGUGGCUCUGUAGGUCUACCACUUUUGGUUCAAAGAAGUAUUGCCCGCCAGAUUCAAUUAGUUGAAACUAUUGGCAAAGGUCGAUUUGGCGAGGUCUGGCGUGGUCGAUGGCGAGGUGAAAAUGUCGCUGUUAAAAUAUUUAGUUCACGUGAAGAAAGAUCAUGGUUCAGGGAAGCUGAAAUUUAUCAAACAGUAAUGCUUCGACAUGAUAAUAUUCUUGGAUUUAUCGCUGCGGAUAAUAAAGACAAUGGAACAUGGACACAGCUCUGGCUUAUAACUGAUUAUCAUGAGAAAGGUUCACUCUUCGAUUACCUUAAUAGGUCAACUGUCGAUACAAAUGGAAUGAUUAGAAUGGCUUUAUCUAUAGCUACUGGUUUGGCGCAUCUUCAUAUGGAAAUAGUUGGUACCCAAGGAAAGCCAGCGAUAGCUCAUCGUGAUUUGAAGUCAAAAAAUAUUUUAGUCAAAACUAAUGGAACAUGUGCAAUCGGUGAUCUUGGUCUUGCUGUUAGACAUGAUGUUAUUACCGACACUGUUGACAUUCAACUUAAUAAUAGAGUUGGAACAAAGCGGUAUAUGGCACCAGAGGUCCUCGAGGAGACAAUAAAUAUGAAUCAUUUCGAUUCUUUCAAGCGUGCAGACGUUUAUGCUUUAGGUUUAAUUUUAUGGGAAAUUGCAAGAAGAUGCAAUGUUGGUGGUAUCCAUGAUGAUUAUCAACUUCCAUUUUAUGAUUUAGUUCCUUCCGAUCCAACAAUUGAAGAAAUGCGCAAGGUCGUAUGCACUGAUAGACAACGGCCUUCAAUACCAAAUCGAUGGCAAUCAAUUGAUGCCCUGCAAGUGAUGUCCAAGGUCAUGAAAGAAUGUUGGUAUCACAAUGCUGCUGCAAGACUAACUGCCUUAAGAAUAAAAAAAUCUCUUGCUAACUACGGAGCAAUGGAUGAUCUAAAGAUUUAGAUCAUUUUCGUUUUUUAUAAAAAUGCUACAUCUUCAAUUAAAUAUUAUAUUUUGAUAAUAUACAAAAAAAUUCAGUUCAAAUGUAGUAUAAUUAAUUUAUUUUUUGUUCUGAUAGACAAAAUUAAAUUUGAUCAAUGAAAUUGAUUUAAAAAAAAAUUUUUUUCAAGUUUUUAUAGAAAUUAUCAGAAAUUAUUUACAAUAUUUGUCCAGCUAGAGCAUGAUACCAUUUAUUGUAAAAUAUAUCAUUAAUGUUCGAUUGUGCCGCAAAAUAAUUACAAUUUUUUAACAUUUUAUUACCAGGGACCUACAAAAAAAAGCUACAAAUAAAUAUAAUGAAGUUCAGAAUAAUGAAUCGCAAAGACUGACAUAAAAAUGAUUUUUUUUUAUAUAACAUUUUCUAAGUUUAUCAUUUGAUAAAUGAACGGAUAAUAAGCACAAUGUUAUUUUAAAUCAAGGAGUAACAAUUUUUUGAAAUUUUUUAAUUAUAGAAAAAAACUAUUAUGUUAAAAAAUAGGACACGUAUUUUUUUUUUAUUUAAUAUGAUCUUGCUGGAGAUAAAACUUUCAUAACUAAUACGAAACUAUUUUUAAAUUUAAGAAAUAAAAUUAAUUUUAAUAAACUUUGUGUAAUAGAGUAUAUUUAAAAACAGAAGUAACGACAUUAUUUCUAUAAAAGGUAUCGAUAAUAAAAUAACGUUACUUUCAGUUAGUAACGUACUAAACAUUUGAGUUUCUUUUAUUAUUUAAAAAAAAUUAAAUUUUGGACUUGGAUUAAUUAUAAUUUAUUUUUUGUAUUGUAAAACAAUAAAUGGUCCUUGAUUUUAAUAAAUUUAAUUUUAAUAUAUAAUGUGCAUUAUGUAGAAUGUGAAAAAUAGCAUGCCUUUCAAAACAUAUCUAAAAUUGUAAAAUAAUAACACAAAACAUUAUAAUAGAGAAUAACAUUAUAUUACUAUAUUCGAUAAUUUUAUAAAAAGUUAAUUUUGUCCUUUUAUUCUAGAGAUUUUAUUUUAUCCGCUCUUUUUUUUCUUUUUCUACCCUUUUUUUUGUCUAUUCAUUGUAUAUUAUUUGUAUAAUUAUUAUAUGAAAUAAUUAAAGGGAUACAUUUCGUCAGUAUAUAAAUAUUUACAAAAAAAAAGUUACUGAAAUAAAAGAACGUACCCGUUUAAUUGUAUUUCAUUAACAUUUGAAGACAUUUUCUGUUUAUAAUAAAAGUCAUUUUAAAUAUUUAAGUUCUAAAUUUUGAAAAAAGUUCGAUUGCGACAAAAAUGACAAAUUAAAAAGAUGCGUAUUCUAUAUUUUAACAUCAAAAAAGAAAAAAAAACCAUUAAAUUAAAAAUUAGAUUACACAUUAAUAAUAAAUAAUAUAAUCUACAAAAAUGGUUUUCUGAUUUAUGUUUAUUUAUAUUAAAAUAACAACAAUGUUUCUAAAAAAAAUUAUUAUCUGUUUAAAAUAUUCGGAACAAAAUAAAUAGAAUCAAAAAACCAUUUUAAAAUUUGUUUGUAACAUAAAAUACAAAAUAUGAUUUAUUCGUUCAUCAAAAACAUGAAAAUCUGAUUUUUUCAUUGUUCUCUGAAUAUAUUAAUUAAUUAUUAAAAGGUGUUGGAUUGUUCAACGAGGCACAUUGACCUAAGAAAUAUUUGCAUCUAAAAAAUAAUUUUUAUUUCUCUAAAUUUAUCCAAUUUCUAAUUUUAAAAAAAAACAAUAUUUUGUACAUUUUUUUUAAUCACACAGCAUUGUCAAAAAUGAUCUAAGGUCAAUUUGACUUGUGUAAAAGAAUAUUGUUUAUUGAAAAUAAAAUGUGCCAUCGAAGGGCAUUAUUAUUACAAAAAACCUGAUAAUUAUUGUAAAAAAAAAAUAUAAAUGUACGAUGCGACCAAAAUUUUGUACACUAUUAAAUUUUUACUCCAUAAGUGACAUAUUUAAUAAAAAAAAAAAUGAAAAAUGUGCUUCUUAAAUGUUAAUAGCUUUGACAAACGAGGGUAAAAAAUAUAUUCAAAAUAUAAACACUAUAUAUAUAAUAUAAUAGUUAUGAAAUAUA